AUGUUGCAAAGAAAGCAAUGCCUCUCUGUUGUGGAAGUCAAGAACGACCUGGCAGAAAAAUUAAUGAUGAUGAAAAAGAACACUCAUCAUGUGGGAAUGAUUUUGAUAAUCUUUUCAAAUACUCAUCGUUAUGGACAUGAUGAUGAAAACUUGGAAAUUGUUGAUGAUAUUCGGAGAUUAGAAUUAUUACUGAAAAAGAAAUUCUCAUUGCAACAAGAAGGAAAGAAGAAAUGGCUAUUGAAUCGAGAAUUACAAUACAAAGAUUUCUUUCCAAUUGAGUUUAUGAAUGAAAAGGAAUUUGUAUUACAUCAAAUCAAAAUGAAUGGUUAUGGAUUAAGACUUGCAUCACCAAAGCUGAAAAACGACAAAGAUUUUGUGUUGCAAGCGGUUCAAUUGAAUGAGGAUAAUUUACGAUGUUCCAGUUACAUUAUUCGCAAUGAUAAAAAAGUGGUAUUGGAAGCUAUAAAGAAAAAAGCGUAUUUACUGAAGUAUGCUUCAAUUGAACUUCAAAAUGACAAGAAUUUUGUGACGGAAGCUAUUCGAUGGAACGAUAAAUGUCUAUAUUUUACUUUAGAUCAACUUUAUACGGACAUGGAAUUCAUAUUUGAAGCAAUCAAACAAAAUAAGAAAGCCCUUCAAUGGUUAUCAUUGAUCUCCCAAGAUGAAGAGCUAAUGUUAAAAGCCAUCAAAUCACUUUAUCCAGAAUUUCAUCAUUUAGUCUCUUUUAAUCAUGCAAACAAAGAGUUCAUGUUAAAACUUGUUGAAGAGUUUGGAUUUUUAUUGCAAUUUGCAUCAGAAGAACUCAAGAAUGAUCGAGAUAUUGUUUUGAAUGCUGUGAAAAAUUUUGGUGUUGCUCUUAAAUAUGCUUCUCAUGAUUUGCAGAAUGAUAGAGAAAUUGCAUUUCAUGCAAUCAAACAAAAUGGCUUGGCAUUGGAGUUUGUUUCGACUGAGUUGAAGGGAACAAGAGAUAUUGUAUUGACUGCUGUGAUUCAAGAUGGAUAUGCACUCGAAUAUGCAUCGAAGGAGUUGAAAAAUGAUCGAGAAAUAGUUUUAACAGCUGUCAGACAAAAUGGUUUUGCUCUUGAAUAUGCUGAUGAAAUGUUGAAGAAAGAUCAAGAAAUUAUAUUCGAAGCAAUCAAACAAAACAAUGAAGCUUUUGAAAAUGCUUCUGAAGAACUUUUGUGUGACAAAGAAUUCUUAUUGAAACUGGCCAAACUCGGAUGUAGAGAUAUUUUCAAUCGUGUACCAGAAGAAAUUAUGGAAGACAGAGAAUUUGUGUUACAAGUCACCAAACUUAACAGUCUUGCUGUUAUCGGAUCCUAUUACUCACAAUUUCUCAAUGAUAAGGAAAUCGUGUUAGAAGCAGUGAAGAACAAUGGAUAUGCAUUGAGAUUUGCAAGUACAAAAUUGCAAAAAGACCCUGAAUUGGUGAUGCAAGCUCUCAAAUGCAAUGGAUAUGUGUUGGAUUACAGUGAAGAAUUGUUGCAUGAAAGGAUGGAACAAUGUUAUUUUGGUGCUUAUUUGGGGUCACCUUGA